AUGAACAGGAAUCCCAAAAAGAUGUAUAAUAUCAAGGCUGAAGAGAAUGUAACUAAAGACGACUUUAUAUCUAACAAAAAAAGUAAUCGAUUAGAAUAUUCAUAUGAUUUAGAAGAAGAAGAGGAAGAAGAGGAGUUUUGGAGAAACGAAGAUGCGUAUAUUGACGAUGAUACCACUGAUCCUGGGGAACUAAUACAUUUAACAAGUCAAGAUGAACCAGCAAUAAAGCCAAAUGAAGAAAAACCACACAUCGAAUCUGUCGUACAGCAACCAUCUCCGCAAGAUGAUCAAAUAAAUUCACAUAAAUCUUUUCAAUCACAUCGAGGUCAUCACAUCCCUUUACAGCCAGUACAAAAUCCUUCACUAACAAAAUCGGAUCAAGACGUAACCCCUGUAAAACAGACUCGAAAUUCAUCUUUACCACCUAUGCAAAACAAGCUAAGACAAAAUCAAACACCACUACAACCAAGUGAUGAUCACCUGCUUUUACUACCAAAUCAACAUAACCCUCCUACAUUGCCAGAUGAGGAUCAAUCCUACGCAGACUUCAGUCGAAAUCCACCUUUCUCGCAAGCAGAAGAUGAUAAACCUUCUAUAUUAACAAAGCAGAAUGAAUUUGCACCACAAUCUCAAAGUAAACCUUUAGGACCUCGUCCUAAACACAAGCAAACGAUCACACUAAUUAAACAAUCACAGAUAAAUAAAGAAAGUGAUUCAUGGAAAGAUUAUAAGAAAACCAAUAAAAAUGCUGACGAAAAUAAUACGAUAUCGCAGGAUGAAGAUCAGUCAUUACAAGAGAAACCGGCUCAAGAUCAAACUACAACACAAAGCAACACAGAUCGGACUACUACAGAAUUUGAUCAAGAUCAGCCACCUUCACGACCGAAGAACAAUGGACUUCUUCCACAACCGGAACAAAACAAGCCACUGACACAGACAAAACAAGAUGAGCCCUUGCCCCAACCAGCCCAAAAUAAACCACUUUUACAACCGGAACAAAACAAGACGCUGACACAGACAGAACAAGAUGAACCCUUGCCCCAAUCAGGACAAGAUAAACCACUUCUACAAUCGGAACAAAACAAGCCGCUGACACAGACAGAACAAGAUGAGCCCUUGCCCCAACCAGCCCAAGAUAAACCACUUUUACAACCGGAACAAAACAAGACGCUGACGCAGACAGAACAAGAUGAACCCUUGCCCCAACCAGGACAAGAUAAACCACUUCUACAAUCGGAAGAAAACAAGCCGCUGACACAGACAGAACAAGAUGAGGCCUUGCCCCAAUCAGGACAAGAUAAACAACUUACACAACCGGAACAAGAUGAGUCCUCGCCACAACCAGGACAAGAUGAGCCCUUGCCCCUAUCAGGACAAAAUAAACCACUUCCACAACCGGAACAAGAUGAGUCGCUCGCCACAACCGGAACAAGAUCAGCCUUUGCCCCAAUCAGGACAAGAUAA